CUUGAGGUUUCAUUGACUAGUUCUGCUUGAGGUUUCAUUGACUAGUUCUGCUUUCGGUUUGAAUUAUCCUCUCCAAGAUAAGAACCUUUGUUUUCAUUUUAUUAGCCUCCUAAGGGAUCAUAGGGAAUUUAGUUUUUGAAACUUGAUUUUCUUUCUUCUCCCUCUUUCUCUCUCUGUUUUGUGUUGUGUACAAUUAUUGAGUGUUUGUUUGAUGCUUUUAAGGUAAUAAAAAAUGCAUGUGCUCCUCUGUCUUUAUUGGUUCUGUUAUUUGCAUUUUGGAGCUGUUUGCUUGGGGAGAAAGUAUUUGUUUCAUGUACAUGAAUGUAAUAAUGCUGCUGCAUGUUGCUGAAUUUGAUGCCUGUGUGCAUUUUACAAUAAGGUACUGUUGAGAAUUUUAUAAAGAAACAAAAAAUGGAAUUCGAUGUGUAAAUUAAAUCUUUUAUAAAAUGAUGUUUGACGAAUACAGCUUGCUAAAUAGUUAAGCUUAGCUGUAAUUAACGAGUAUCACGUUUGUGUUUUUUUUUUCAAUUUCCUAAUAUGGUUUGCAGGGGAAAAGAUUUCAACGGAUUAUAGGGUAAGGAUGAAUUAGUUGUCCUUUGUCGGUUCACAUUGCAUUAAUUCAAACGAUUUUCCUGAUUUUGAUGAUACUGUUUUUAUUAAUUUACCUUUUUUGUGUAGAUGCAUUUUCAUGUUCUGAUUUAUUUGGAUUUUGGUCCAUUUCUAUUUUAACUUUAGAGGAUUUGAGUGAAUUUAUUUGAUUUCCUAAUUGAGAAAAGCUAUUGAAUGGUUUUGCUGGAUUUGGGUGGUAUAUAUUUGAAAGGAAGUGAAGAAGUUGAUGUCUGGUAAGAAGUAUUAUACCUAGCUGUUCUUAAGUGAAAUUCCUUUUCAUUCACAGGCUUUGUUUGAUAGGUAAAGUGGAAUCGCAUGAAAGGCUAGUGAUUGAACAGUGGUGUUAAUAAGUGAAAGUCUAAUCUAGAUAAUUGGGCGAUUAAAGAUCGGAUUUGAAGGGACAUUCAUGAUUCACGAGAUUAACUACAUGAAUUUGAGAUAAAUCUAGGUUCCUGCAUUUCUUUGGGUUAAUUAUUCAAGAUCUUCAAGUUGUGGAUACCCGUUACUAGAUAAUACAACACAUCAAAAUAUCUUCAAAAACUAGGAAUUUAAGUAAAGAUGGUGGCAAGAUCAUGCUUGAAUUUGUUGGACCUGGUAUCAGGGGAUAUGCUAAAUGCCCCUCAAACUCCCAGAUCUCUUCCGCGAGUUAUGACUGAUCCAGUAAUCAUGUCUGAUGGAGAUGGUAAACAAAGUAAUGAUGAUGAUGGUUCAAGUAUUUUCUCAUCAGAACAACGUCGCAAGAUAAUUAUAGUAUCAAAUUCUCUUCCUCUCAAUGCAAAAAGGGAUAAAGUAUCUGGCAGAUGGUCCUUCAGCUAUGACGAGGAUUCAAUUUUUUGGCAGUUAAAGGAUGGUCUCUCUCCUGAUGCUGAUGUUGUUUAUGUGGGAUCUCUGAAUGUUGAUAUUGAUUCAAGAGAGCAAGAGAAAGUUUCCCUUCAGUUGAUGGAGGAAUUCAAUUGCUUGCCUACUUUUAUUCCUUCAGAACUAUACAAACAAUUCCAUGAUGGAUUCUGCAAACAACAAUUGUGGCCUCUAUUCCAUUACAGGUUGCCCAUGUAUCCAGGCAAUCGCCGCUUUGAUAGGUUGCAGUGGCAGGCUUAUGUUUCCGCUAACAAGAUAUUUGCAGAUAAAGUGAUGGAGGUCCUUAAUCCAGAAGAUGAUUAUGUAUGGGUUCAUGAUUAUCAUCUUAUGGUCCUUCCUACAUUUCUGCGAAAGCGGUGUAAUCGAGUCAGGCUUGGGUUCUUCCUCCACAGCCCCUUUCCUUCAUCAGAAAUUUACAAAACUUUGCCUGUCAGAGGUGAAAUUUUGAAAGCACUGCUUAAUGCAGAUUUAGUUGGUUUUCACACCUUUGAUUAUGCUCGCCAUUUUCUCUCCUGCUGCCGGCGAAUGCUUGGCUUGGAACACGAAUCCAAAAGGGGUUACAUUGGGCUUGAAUACUUUGGCCGUACAAUAUUGAUUAAAAUAUUGCCUGCUGGGAUUCACAUGGGUCGACUUCAAUCUGCCUUAGAUCACCCUUCCUCAUCUAUCAAAGUCAGAGAAAUUCACCAACAAUUUAAGGGGAAAAAGCUUAUUGUUGGUGUUGAUGAUAUGGAUGUAUUCAAAGGUGUUAGUUUAAAAUUCUUAGCCAUAGAGCAGCUCCUGCAGCAAUAUCCAGAACUGCAAGGUGAAAUAAUACUGAUCCAAAUUUUAAACCCCCCAAGUAGUGCUCACAAAGAUGUUGACGAUGCAAGGGAGGAGACCUACAUUACUGCCAAAAAGAUAAAUGAAAGGUUUGGCUUGGAAGGUUAUGAACCCAUCAUCAUCAUUGAUAGCCAUGUUCCUUUCUAUGAGAAAGCAGCUUAUUAUUCUUUGGCAGAAUGUUGCAUUGUGAAUGCAGUGCGUGAUGGUUUGAAUUUGGUUCCAUACAAAUACACUGUUUGUAGGCAGGGAAGUUCUAAAAUGGAUGAAAUCUUAGAAAUUGGUUCUGAUUCCCCACGUUCAAGUGCACUUGUCAUCUCUGAGUUCAUAGGUUGCUCACCAUCUCUUAGUGGGGCAAUCAGGGUAAACCCUUGGGAUAUUGAUGCAGUAGCUGAAGCACUAAAUUUGGCAGUCACAAUGCCUGAUAGAGAGAAGCAGUUUCGACACGAGAAGCACUAUCGAUAUGUUAGUUCUCAUGAUGUGGCCUACUGGGCCAGAAGCUUUGAGCAAGAUCUAGUGCUCUCAUGCAAGGAUCAACAUAGGAAACGUUGCUGGGGCAUUGGCUUUGGCCUGAAUUUCAGAAUUCUGUCCCUCUCUCCUACUUUCAGGAAGCUAUCUAUAGAACACAUUGUCCCUGCAUAUAAGAGGAGCAGUUGCAGGGCAAUCUUUUUGGAUUAUGAUGGUACCAUUGUGCCUCAAGCUUCCAUUGCUAAACCCCCCAGUCCUGAAGUCAUAUCUGUGCUAAAUAAUCUCUGCAGUGAUCUUAACAACACUGUGUUUAUUGUUAGUGGCAGGGGAAAACCCUCACUGAGUGAAUGGUUUGAUCAGUGUGAGAAUCUUGGAAUUGCAGCUGAGCAUGGUUAUUUCAUAAGGUGGGGUAAAGAUACCAAUUGGCAAAUGAGUCAUACAGAUACAGAUUUUGCAUGGAAAAGGAUUGCUGAACCUGUGAUGAAAUCUUACAUGGAGGCCACAGAUGGCUCCUCUGUAGAGACCAAAGAGAGUGCCUUGGUAUGGCAUUACCACGAUGCCGAUCCUGAUUUUGGAUCUUGGCAAGCCAUGGAGUUGUUGGAUCACCUUGAAAAUGUACUUGCAAAUGAGCCUGUAGUUGUCAAAAAGGGACAACACAUUAUUGAAGUCAAACCGCAGGGCAUUACUAAAGGGUCAGUUGCACAGGAAGUUCUUUCUACCCUAACCAAGAGGGAUAAAUCCCCGGAUUUUGUACUGUGCAUUGGUGAUGAUAGAUCUGAUGAGGAUAUGUUUGAGAGCAUAUUAACCAAACCUUAUAGUGCUUCCUCCUCAUCAGUGCCAGAAAUCUUUGCAUGCACUGUUGGACAAAAACCAAGCAAAGCUAGAUACUACCUAGAUGACACGGUAGAUGUGAUGACAUUACUUGAGGGUCUUGGUACUGCUUCAGGGUCUAAAUCAAGAUACUCUACAGAAAGCCCUUUUGAAGAAAGAGAAGUAUGUUUUGAGAAUGAUGUUUAAAAUGUACACUUUAGCUGUCUAGGUCACCAGCAUGGGAGAAAGGCACAGUUUUGAUGGUUGUUUUGCUAAGAUGUACAAAAUCAUGAUGGUUUAAAGGGAAUAGCUUUGAAUCUUUAUCUGACUUUUGAUUGUAGAGAAUGUUGCUAGCAGCUUUAGGUCUCAAAAACUGAGCACAGGGGAUUAAAGUGAUUGGUUUCCAUUGGUAAGUGGUGGAAAAUAGAAAUGGAUGUGUCUGUUGGCUUUAGCUGUAGCUUUGAAAAGAUACUACUGAAUAUGUUAAUAGAUACAGAAUCUAGGCAUUGUUCCUGAACGAGAAUCUGUUGUUUGAAUGUCUGAAUGAACUCGUUCGGUUGAUUGAUA